AUGGACAACGCCACGAAUUCGUAUGCGCCGGCAGGCGAUGCCUCCAACGCUCUUGUCGAGAAGUCCUUCCUGGAUGGGUACGCGCUGGGAGCUGUAAGCUACGGCAUUCUUGUCAUCCUGACCUGGCAAACCCUGUACUCCUUCCUCAGUCUCCCGCGCACCAAAAUGCCGUGGGGCCUUGUCACCUGCGCAUGCUGCAUCUUCACAUUGGCAACAAUUGGGUUCGGGAGCGCUACCAAGAUCAACGAGGAGGCGUUUAUUGAUGACCGCGCAGCGCCGGGCGGCCCGAGCGGCUUCGAAGUCAGUUCGUUUGCCUCGGGGGUGAAUAUGAUGGGGGUUAUCGCGUAUGUCGUGCUGAGCUGGCUCGCAGACGGUUUGGUGCUGUGGCGCUUCUGGCUCAUCUGGGGAUCCAACUACACAUACGCUGUCUUCCCAGCGCUGAUGCUUCUGGGCUCGAUAGUGUCCUCCCUUGCGCUCAUCGUCGCCUCUUUUCAACUCGCCGACUCCUUCUGGGCAGCACGCUCCGUCCAAUUCGGCACUGCCUACUGGUCACUCUCUAUUGCGCUCAACGUGCUCCUCACGCUGCUCAUCACCGGCCGCAUUCUCCUCAUCCGCCGCCGCAUCAAGCGCUCGCUCGGCCCCCAGCACGCGGGCAAGUAUUUCUCCGCCGCGGCCAUGAUUGUUGAGAGCGCGGCCCUAUACGCGGGAGUAGGCCUCCUUUUCCUUGGCGCGUAUGUCAAGGGCAGUGCGCUGCAGAAUCUGGUGUUUCCGGUCUUGGGACAGGUGCAGGGCAUUGCCCCGAUGCUAAUCCUCGCGCGCGUCGCCCAGGGCCGCGCAUGGUCGCAAAGCACUGUAGAGGCUACUGCCGCUGGCGGCAUGCGCGGGCCGCCCGCCACCAUUCCGCUUGGUAGCCUGCACGACCGCUCCGCUGUAGAGAAUGUCACGGUCCAUAUUUCCACGCAGCAUGACAGACAUACCGAUUCGGUGCCGUCGUUGAGCGACAAGGCUGGUAGUCCGGUGUAG